GCUGCGCGACUGCAAGAAGUCUUCUUUUGCGCCGGCUCGGGUCCGGCGGCUUUCUCCUGGACAGGUGGAAGGGCUCCACGCUUUCCUCCGUCUCCGCGGGGCCACGAUGGACGAGUCCGAUGAAGAAUCGUCCCCGGAAAAGGCCGGAGAGGGCUCUGCGUCAGACCAGGUGCUUGUGGUUGCCGCUGCAGCCACCCCUGAGCCUGUCUCGGGAGCUGCCCAGCCCCACGACGCGACCCCGGAGGAGACGGACGGGGACUUCACGGAGGCUACGGCCGAAGACGCUGAGCUCAAGGAAGCAUCAGAUUUAACAGGAACUGGAAGGGAGGACCCAUCAUUACUUCUUCCUGCAGCCAAGAAGAUGAAGAUAGAAAUUAAAGAGAGGAAAGAGAAAAAGCAAAAAGUAGCUGAAGAUGAAAUUCAGAAGAUGCAAAUCCUGGUUUCUUCCUUUUCAGAAGAACAGCUAAACCGUUACGAAAUGUACCGUCGAUCCGCAUUCCCUAAAGCUGCUAUUAAACGGCUGAUCCAGUCUAUUACUGGCACCUCGGUAUCUCAGAAUGUCGUCAUUGCUAUGUCAGGCAUUUCUAAGGUAUUCGUCGGGGAAGUGGUAGAAGAAGCUUUGGAUGUGUGUGAGAAAUGGGGAGAGCUGCCACCACUACAGCCUAAACACAUGCGGGAAGCUAUUCGAAGGCUAAAAUCAAGGGGGCAGAUUCCUAAUUCCAAGCACAAAAAGAUCAUCUUUCACUAGGUCUAGGCGUUUCCUAAGCUGUACUACUGAAAAUGGAAGGACCGACUUCCACAAAUCCUCCGACUGAGGCACUGUGUACUGUUGCUCAGAUGUCCCGGUUCUUUAGGGAAACCAUGACUCAACAUCUGCCCCCAAAUCUUCAAACUCAGAGUUACCUGGUAGAGUAGUGCAGCCACUUUCUGCUGUUUCCUAUCCAUGUGGGACCUUCUAGUUCAGGUUGUGACUGGUGAUAACUCUUACUUGGCUAACUGAAAAGGGGAAGUGUCCUUAUAUAUAGACCCCCUGUACAAAGCAAGAGUGCUACUUUCAAAUGGGUAAAACUCUUCUAAGGAUCAAUCACCUUGAUUAAUCUCAAGAAUACCUUAUUUUGCAAGUUUCUCACUGGAAUCCUAAAUUGCUACCGCCUGGGUUUCUUGUCUGGUUCGAAGAUGGUAACAGGCCAGAAAUUUCUAAUGUGUAAAAUGUGACCGUUCAGUUUACAAUGUUAGCUAAUGUGGAAUUACAGAAUCGUUUUAUUCCCCUGUACAAAUUAAACAUUAUCAUGUGGUUU